CACAUAAAAAAGUGAAACACAGCCACAAUAUAUUAGUGCAUCAUUAGAGCUUAGUAUAGUCUAGAGAGCAUAAUUUUCAAAAAGCUGGAGGCAAAUGUACAUAUUUACUAUUUGUGCACGUGAUAGCUAGUAAGACUCACAGCUAGCGCUUGGCAUGUGCAGAUACCCAAAGUGCAAGUGAAAUCUCAGUAACUACCUAUGCAUUUUUGCUAAUAGCUUUGCAAAUUAGACCCACUGCAUUUUAAAAUAAUGUCACACCAUCUGCAGAGGCACCAGCGAGGGGAAUAGUUAUAAGGGCCAACAGCUGUCAUGCUUCAAGGCAUUACCUGAGCACCUGAAUUCUCCUUGGCAACGAUACAGUAUCAGAUGUUAAGUACAUUAUGGCCAAUAGGGUUUUGCACCUCCUAUGGUGAGAGACAGGAUACCAGACUAGAUGGGCUAUUGGUCCGUUCUUGCCUGCUGGCAUUUAUGUCCCACAAGCUUGAGCAUCCCUCUGUAGUGGCAAGCACAGGGUGCUGUGUACAGGCUUCAGACUUGCUUCUCUGCAUCUCUCUCAGGCAUGACAAUCCAAACAACUCAGCCAGCUUUCCUUGCUCACACAACUGAACCAUCUCCCUGCUGUGGGUGCUUGAGCCAGUUUAAUCUCAGGAUGGACUAGACCAGCAUUUGCCAUAUUUCUUAAUUUCUUCUUUACAGCAGACCCGCAACAGAAAGGCUGCAACUGCAGUCCAGGCAGUUCUGAUGUGCCCAUCACUUUAGCAUCAAGACUCUGUUAUAACUAGCAUUCAGUGAAUUCUGUCUAACCUGGGAGCCAAACUCUCCAGCUUCCCUUUCUUAUAGCCAGUGAUCACUGCCAAGCAGGAGAGCAUUACUGGACCCUUCUAUUACUCCAUUAUGGUGGGGAACCAGUGAGAGAAAAAUCCUGCAAAGUGCCAUACAUGAGGGAAGAUUUAGACCCACUCUGGUCUCUGAGGGAGGCAAUGGCUUUCCACUGACAAUGUUCUCCAUGUUCCUCUGGCUCAAUGGAUCUCUCUGCCAUAAGGAUAAAAGCUUAUCUGUGCAGGAGACAGAACUUUCUCAGGAGCUGGUCCAAGACUAUGAAAUUAACUCCCUCAGGAACUAAGAUCCAUAACAAGUCACACCACCUUCCACUCCAACUGCAAGGUGUAUUUCUUUCACCUGCCUUCUCUAACAAAUGUAUAGCAACAUGUAUAGUUAUUUAAAAAAAAAACUGCUAAAGCAAGACACCAAUGCAUACACUUCUCCCUGUGGAGAGAGGAUGAGAGACCAAACAACAUAUGGCAGACAUUAAUCAUGUUGCUUAAUGCACAAUUGGAGGGCACUCAAAUACUAUGCUGAUGAGCAUGGUACAAGAACAUAUAUAGUACUGUUUAGUGAUGCUCCCUACCAGCUAGUCAGGAUGGAGAAGCUGUGUCCAAUGUUCUUUGGGUCUCACCCUAAACCACCAUCCCUCAAAAUGCUCAUAUUGACAAGGGACAGUAAGAGGACAAAUGGCUGCUAAUGGUCUGCAGCAGCUUCCAGAGUCUGCUCUCCCACAACAAAGGUGAGUAACUUUCUCCCUAAACAGCAGCCAAUUAACAUCUUCCAUGUAGUUCAAGCCAGAACAGUUGGAUGCAGCUCAGAAGAGAUGGCACCAUAUGUGGUGCACUGUGCAAAAGGGGAUCUUGGUUAAACGGUAAAUCUCUGCCCUAGCACAUACCUAGUCCAGUGCAAACUGAUGUCAGGAGGAAGGUGAUGCUAUGCUCCAAUGUGAGGCUGGUGAGAGAAAUCAGACAGUGGCAUAGGCUGAAAUCAGACUGUGACCUUCACUGGUUUAGCACUUGGCCAUGAAAGAGCCUGCUGGGUUUAAUGAUUCACUCCAGUAUCUAUCACAGAGCUGAUACAAUGGCUGCAAUCAGGCUUCUCCUCUCACUCCUUGCUGGCCUAUGUGCUUAUUAUUUCUACAGCCAGGAAACCCUAUCUGCAGAAAUGGUGCGAGGGAAGCGUGUGCUGGUCACUGGUUCGAGCACUGGGAUUGGGGAACAAAUAGCCUAUGAGUUUGCACGAAUGGGAGCGCACCUGCUCCUCACUGCCAGGAGGGAGAAGCAGCUCAAGGAGGUGGCACAGAAGUGUCUGGAACUGGGAGCGAGUUCUGCCAGGCAUGUGGUGUCUGACAUGAACAACUUGACUUCAGCCCAGAAUGUCAUUGAAGACGCCAGAAACAAACUGAGGGGUCUCGACUACCUGGUUUUGAACCAUGUUGGGGGGAGUGGCCGGUUUGGCCCAUUCCAAGGAGACAUGGCAGCAGUGACCAGCUCCAUGACUGUCAACUUCUUGAGCUACGUCCAGCUGACAGUUUCUGCAAUGACCAUGCUGCAGGAGUCUCAGGGCAGCAUCAUUGUCAUCUCAUCCCUGAGUGGUCGGAUAGGAGCCCCAUUCACCCUCUCAUACAGUGCAGCCAAGUUCGCUCUGGAAGGAUUCUACAGCUCGUUACGCAGGGAGCUGCGGCUUCGGGAGAUCAGUCUCUCAGUCACAGUUGCUGUGCUGGGAUAUAUUGACACAGACAAUGCUUUGAAAAUCAUCGGUGAUAAAAUCACCAUGCAGGCAAAUCCCAAAGAGGAGUGUGCACGGGAAGUGGUGCGGGCUGGUGUGCUGCGACAUCGAGAGGUCAUAUAUCCUUACUGGAGCCUAAAGCCUCUGCUGCUGCUAAAGGAAUGGAUGCCAGGCCUGAUGGAAAGAAUGCUGGACAAAUUCCUCAUCCUGGAAAAUAUCCUCUGAGCCUCAGGGCAGUUCAGUUUCACAUUGAAGCACAAUAAAAGGAAAACCCUGCUCAAGCAGAGGGGGCAACUGAGA